AUGGACAAUGGGAUGGUCUCUGACUUUAUCAUGAUCAAAAACUUCUUCCUCUUCUGCAUUUCCAUGAGUUUAGCCAGCCACCUUGGCUUCUCGCAAACACCAACAGCACCGGGAAAAGAGGACACCAAUGACAACAUCACGAUAUUCACCAGGAUCUUGGAUGGGCUGCUGGACGGCUACGACAACCGACUGCGCCCAGGACUGGGAGAGAGAAUUACUCAGGUGAAAACAGACAUCUAUGUUACAAGUUUUGGUCCUGUGUCAGACACAGAAAUGGAAUACACCAUUGAUGUUUUUUUCCGACAAAGCUGGAAAGAUGAAAGGCUGCGAUUCAAAGGACCUAUGCAACGCCUCCCUCUUAACAACCUUCUUGCCAGCAAGAUUUGGACCCCAGACACUUUUUUCCACAAUGGCAAGAAGUCUAUUGCUCACAACAUGACAACCCCAAACAAACUUCUGCGCCUGGAGGAUGAUGGCACUCUGCUGUACACCAUGAGACUGACUAUCUCUGCUGAAUGUCCCAUGCAGCUUGAAGAUUUCCCCAUGGAUGCUCAUGCUUGCCCAUUAAAAUUUGGAAGCUAUGCUUACCCCAAUUCUGAAGUGAUCUACGUGUGGACUAAUAGCACCACAACAUCUGUGGUGGUGGCUGAAGAUGGCUCUCGACUUAACCAGUAUCACCUGAUGGGACAAACUGUAGGAACUGAAAACAUCAGUACCAGUACAGGUGAAUACACUAUUAUGACAGCCCAUUUUCAUCUGAAAAGAAAAAUUGGUUAUUUUGUCAUCCAAACGUACCUUCCUUGCAUUAUGACUGUGAUCUUAUCGCAAGUGUCAUUUUGGCUAAACAGAGAAUCUGUUCCUGCUAGGACUGUCUUUGGAGUAACAACAGUCCUCACCAUGACCACCUUAAGUAUCAGUGCCCGUAACUCUUUGCCAAAAGUGGCCUACGCUACUGCAAUGGACUGGUUCAUAGCUGUCUGCUAUGCCUUUGUGUUUUCUGCAUUGAUUGAAUUUGCAACAGUCAACUAUUUCACCAAGAGGAGCUGGGCAUGGGAUGGCAAAAAAGCCCUGGAAGCUGCUAAAAUCAAGAAAAAAGAGCGUGCAUUGCUGGCAAAUAAACCUACUAAUACUUACAGCACUGGGAAGCUGACCCCUGCACCAAACAUGCCAAAGGACUCAGCCCCAUCUGUCAUCUCAAACACUGCACCUGCUCCAGCAAAGUCUGCAGAAGAAAAGCCCGCUGAAAGCAAAAAGACUUACAACAGCAUCAGUAAGAUUGACAAAAUGUCUCGGAUAAUUUUUCCAGUGCUGUUUGGAACUUUUAACUUAGUAUACUGGGCCACAUAUUUGAAUAGGGAGCCUGUCAUUAAAGGUGCCAAUUCUGCAAAAUAA